GCCGCGGUGGAGGCCGCGCAGAGGGAGCGCGUCCUGCUGGAGGGCCAGUGUGAGCAGCUGCGCGCGCGGAACCUGGAGAUGGGGCAGAUCAUGGACGGCUUUGAGGGCAUCGUGUACCAGGCCAUGGAGGAGGCUCAGAAACAGAAGGAGAUUUCCAAAGCCGAAAUCCAGAAGGUUCUCAGAGAGAAGGAGCAGCUGGCCGCAGACCUGAGCGCCGUGGAGAAGUCCUUCUCCGAGCUGUUCAAGCGCUUCGAGACGCAGAAGGAGGCCAUCGAAGGCUACCGCGCGAACGAAGCGUCCCUGAAGAAGUGUGUGGAGGACUACAUGGCGCGCGUGGAGAAGGAGGCCCAGCGCUACCAGGCGCUCAAGGCCCACGCCGAGGAGAAGCUCAGGCUGGCCAGCGAGGAGAUCGCCCAGGUCCGCAGCAAGGCCCAGGCGGAGGCCGUGGCCUUCCAGGCCAGCCUGCGGAGGGAGCAGAUGCGCGUCCACUCGCUGGAGAAGACGGUGGAGCAGAAGACGAAGGAGAACGAGGAGCUGACCCGGAUCUGUGACGACCUCAUCUCCAAGAUGGAGAAGAUCUGAGGGCCGCCCUGGCCGCCGCGCGGGUCUGACCGGCUCGCCCAGGAUGACCGCUAAAUAAAGUGCC